AUGACAGACUCAUCUCUCAGCGAAGACGCAAAGAUCUUGCUAGAUGCUCUCGCACUAGCACUCUCCAGCAUAAAGUCCCAAGACGAUGGGAAGGGAAAUCUCGAGUAUGAGCACAAAGAGGUUUCGCCUUUCGUUCAGCCUCUUCUCAGAACAGUUGGCCUUCCAGUAUGGUUGGAAUUUCCAUGGAUGAUGACCUACUAA